UACCCGCCGUCGUCCUUCUGUCAAAAAGCCGUUUGCUCUUUAUUGAUGGGUGUCGUAUUUCUGUAAUUAAUUUCCAAAUUAAUCAACUUCAUUCAUAUUUCGACAUCCUUCCCGUCAAUUGAAAAUGGUUUAGCCAGGGCCGUGUCAAAAUAAGCUCAAGUAUCUGACUGUAUUUAGUGUAAACAAAUCCAAAAUGUCCGUUCCCAGCACUGGUUUGAGCAAGUUGAAAAAGAAACACAUUCGUGUGAAACAUCAAAAAGUCAAAUUGUUUCGUGCUAAUGAGCCCCUUCUAUCGGUGUUUAUGUGGGGCGUGAACCACACGAUAAAUGAACUGAGCCACGUGUCAAUACCAGUCAUGCUGCUGCCGGAUGACUUCAGAGCUUACUCCAAGCUCAAGGUUGACAAUCAUUUGUUUAACAAGGAAAACAUGCCAUCUCAUUUCAAAGUGAAGGAAUACUGUCCAUUGGUGUUCAGGAACCUUCGGGAAAGGUUCGGUAUUGAUGACCUUGACUACAAAGAAUCGCUCACGAGGUUUAGAAAGCCAGAUUCGUACCUCCGUCCGCGGCAGAGAAAAAUCAUGAAGCUGAGAAGAUCGGCCACAGCUCCCACAGCUGUAGGGGACUUUACGGAACAGAACCUCUUCCACGAUGCCACGGCUUUUAUGAAACGGGGCCUGACGAUUAAACGACUGAGGUCACAGCCCAUUCCGGAUGACUCGUCCGGGAAAUCUGGAGCUAAGUUCUAUCAGAGCUACGACCGGCUGUUUAUCCUCAAAACCCUGACUUCGGAGGAGGUGGAGAGGAUGCACUCCUUUCUUAAACAUUACCAUCCGUACAUAGUGGAGCGGCACGGCAAAACGCUCCUGCCACAAUACCUUGGCAUGUACCGGCUCACAGUUGAUGGAAUAGAGCAUUAUCUCGUCGCCACGAGGAACGUGUUCUCCAACCACCUUAACAUACACAGAAAAUACGAUCUCAAAGGCUCAACGGUCGACCGCGAAGCGUCCGAGAAAGAAUUGGAAAAGGAACUGCCCACUCUCAAAGACAACGACUUCAUAAAACAGGGCGUUCGUAUUGACAUAGGAGAUGCGGCGAAGGAUAAACUUCUCGAAACGCUCACGGCAGAUGUAGAGUUUCUAACAAAGCUCCAUCUGAUGGACUACUCCCUCCUCCUCGGCAUGCACGAGUGCGGUCGCGGCGAGGCCGAGGCCGAGGCCGCGCAGCAGGCCGAGCAGGACUCCGAGCCCGAGUCCGAGACCGACUCCGACACUGACAAUAGGCACGGGGACAGAUGGGGCUUCACGACGCCCCCGGACAGCCCGCGCGGCGCCGGCCCCGGCCCGGGCCCGGUCGGGCGGCGCGCGCUGUACGCGGGCAUCAUCCCCGAGAUAGACAUCUACGCCAUACCCAGCCAGGACGGUGCACCUAAAAAGGAGAUAUAUUUCGUGGCGCUCAUUGAUGUCUUGACGCAUUACGGAGUUAAGAAACAGGCGGCGAAAGCGGCGAAGACGGUGAAGUACGGCAGCAACGUGGACGGCAUAUCCACCUGCGACCCCGAGCAGUACGGCAAGCGCUUCAUAGAGUUCGUCGCCAAGGCCAUCGAGGGCAACUGAACAGGUUCACCGACACUACUUCCAUAACCUCUUAGUAAAUGAUGAUUGAAUGGAACUUUACACUAGCGCUAGGCUUUUGGUAAACUCGUAAAAUCUAAAUAAUUAUGCAUGUGCGAUAGAGAUAUGAAAUGACCGGUCAAUGUAUGAAAUUAUAUUUAUUCAGCAUCCUUACUUUAGCUAAGAAGAUAAUUCGGUGGCUUGAAAUUUAACGGUAAAUUCUACAAACAUAGUUCUACAAAUUCUGUUAAAAAAAAUACAAAAAUACAAAAUUUCCAAACAAAAUAUUUUAGAGAUAGUUUGAAACGACAACUUCCUAUUGGUUUUCAUCAAUGAUAAGAGGUUAAGAUAGUAGUCAAGACGAGAUGCUUCUUUUAGUACAUUCUCUGAAUAAAAAACGACUCUAUUUUUAAAGUUCCAAGAACGACAAGCUUUCCACAUUUUUUCCUCUAAAUCUACCUUUAUCGAAUCUUUGUAUUAUAGUUAUUUCAUUCUUAUUAUAAUAUAUGUAAAAUCAAGGCUCGGAAACCGGUUAAAUUUCCAAACCGUUAUCAUAUACUUGGCGCAAAACCUUUUAAUUUUUUUUUAACCGUAAUUUUUUACCGGUUUUUAGGAGAACAUUUUUAUAUUUAUUGUCAUAACAACAAUAUAUGUCUUAACAAUAAAACCGGUUUCUUCGUGCUGGAUCGACGAUCUUCAUAAGUCACAGGCCGUCUCGUAGCUCGUAGAAUUAACCGGUUUAUUUAUGUUACAAUAAAAUUCUUAAAACGUUCGCGUUCUUAUGAAAGUUUGGAGUGAAACUGAAAUAAACCGGUGUUUACCGCUAAAUUUAAAACCGGUUCCGAGCCCUUGAUGUACGCGCAAAUAUACGUAAGCCUAGCAAACCUAAUGGACAUCAUUUAGUUUUUUUUAUGGAAUUAACAGGGUCGCUAUUAUCGUACUAUUGCAAUACUACUUGCCUGAAAUCUAGAUCUUAUUACAACCUAGCUGCACAGUUAUAGGCGAAUUAUUUUUUUGAUGAUACUAAAAGAAGCACCUAUUCAAAGUAUACACUAAGCUAAAUACAAAUAAUGCAAAAUAUAUAAAAUAAUUGCGUCAAAAGAGUUUGUCUUCUUGAAUUUUUAAACCGCCAUAUGAAAAUCUCAAAACUAAUGUAAGGAUUUUCGUUUGUGAUCAUAGUUUAAUUCGAGAGGACAAAUUGUUAAAGAAAUUGUGCACCAUGUCAAUAAGUCUUGCUCUUUUCAAUAUUUAUGGCGAAGUUGUUAGUAAAAACUGUUUUUAAUGUAUAACAUUAGAAACUAAAAGUACAUAUUAAACAUGCUAAAAUUCGCAAGGAGUUUAGCAUCAAUUCUUAUCAAUUGUAGGUAAUGUUGUAAUAUUAAAGAUGUAAACACAUUUCAAAUCAGUUCCGUAUAGGGAAUGCAAACCGGUUUUAUUAGUAUCAAAUUUCGGUUAAUAACCAGUUAUUAACCGGUUUUCACAUACAAUAUAAAACCGGUUUUCAUUCCCUUGUUCCGUAAGAUUUAUUUUUGACGGCAGUCCCUUGUAUCUUUACGGUUGCAUGUCGUUGGUCCGAAUUUGUAUUAAAAAUAUUAACGACGCUAACACUUAGGUACAACUAAUAAAAGACAGUGAGAAAAUGUGUCGUUAUGUAAGCAAAAGGUACCACAUUGUCGCUUGCCAAUAAGAACGCUCUAACAUGUUAUUCGUAUUAAGAUGCAAGCAAAUUUGGUCCAUGUGGUAAGCGACAUUCGGCUUCAUAGGCAGGGUCACUAUACCCACUAGACCAAACCGGUCGUCAUGUUUUAAUUAAAUUUAUCGCCACUCGUUGCGAAUUUGCUAUUUUUCGCACUUGUAUCGUAAUGUAUUCCUUACGUGGAUUAUAAAAACGAAUUUUAACAUCACAUGAAAAGGUCAGUUUGAUUGUAAGCGAAUACCAUUCGGACUAGCGACGGCGCUACGAUAUCAAUACGACGCGUCUUCCCAUGGCCUUAGCACAUAUUGCAAUAAUGUUUCCUGUACAGUCGCCAUUAGAUAUAUCAGAGCGGCCAAGGUGCUCAAAAAUAUCUGAACACGCACACUAACGCCUUGACAAUAGAGGCGUGUUCAGCUAUUUGUCAGCACCUUUUCCCGCUCCGAUAUAUCUGAUGGCGACUGUACGUUACUAGCUUUUAUAAAGUACCGCCGUAGAUUAGUACUGACAAAUUAAAUUGUUAAAAUAUCAUUGGAGUUGAAUUAGUGAUGUUCUCGUGUUAAUAUUGGAAUAUUGGCUGAAUUAUUAAUAUUAAAUCUCAAAUUUAAAGUUAGGUAAGGUUUUGGGAGCGCUGGCUUUGUGAAAUUGAAGUUUAAGUGGUCUAAUCAAAUACUUGAAUAUAUUAAAGAAAAGCGUUUCGUUUGACGCUCUAACAAAAAUUUAAGAGUAAAGACAACAUUUACAUUAUUCACAUAUAAAAUUUGUAUAAAUAAAUAAUAAAUAGAUCACGUAAAUUGAACCACUUAUGUGGCGGCGUCAGAUAUAUGUGGCAUUUUCAAUCUAAAGGUACCACAUUGUCGCUUAUCAUAACGAAAAUUGCUUGUAUCUUUAUACGAAUAACCUGUCAGAGCGUCCUUAUGGCAAGCGACAAUGUGGUACCUUUUGCUUGAAAACGACACAUAACCACGAUUUCAUAAUCAUUUGUAUACGUAACGUUAAGACGAAAGCGGGCGGACCCGUGCGAAAUCGCCUUUUCAUACAAACGUAGUUCUCAUUUUCGUCUGGAUAUUAACAUUAUUGAAAAUAUUUUGACACAAUUUGUUGUAUAUCAAUCACAGCUACGGUCCUACGAUUUUUUUUUAGAAUUUUUAAUUAUUAUAAGAGUUAGGAGCAUUUAAAAAUUUAGUUUUUCGCUCCUUAUUUUUACAAUAAUCAAAAAAAGUCUUCAUUAAAAUUAUGUAAAAAUAUUUUUCAUAAUGGCAAUAUGCAGAGAAGCGGCCGUCCCCUUUCCUCUUAGACUCUUAGCGUAAAGCUCGCUCCAGACUACGCGGCUUCGCACCGCGAUUCGCGCACGAGUGUGGAGGGGGCUCAAAGCUUUCGAUAUAUCUGACGUAGACACUACUUUGUAACAAUAUUAAGAAUGUAAUUGUAAAGGUGCCCAUUUGUGCUAUAAAACUUGACUCCAAACACGAAAAUUGUGAAUACAAUAAAAAUGAAUAGCUUAAAAACCGUGUAUCCAGGCCAAGCCCAUGUUUAAAAAAAGCUAGUAGCUGUCAAAAUACUCAAUAGGCAGUAUAGUCCAGAUAAGUGAAAAAAAAAGCUGUCAAAACACUGUGUCAUAUUGCAGUACUUUUGGGCAUGGAGACUAUAUAAAGGAGCCAAAUCUCUAUGUAUGAAAAGUGUCCAUCAAAAAACAGUAAUUAGGCGGCGCCACCAUACACCGAAAUACUACCAAAAACAACCUACGUAAUUUGGUCGGGUUAUUUGUUGCCUUAUAUGGUUCAUGUUAUACUCAUGUCCCAGAGCCUAACUAGCGCCACCGGAGAGAUUAGGAACUAUUAUUUAAAGCUGAAAGCGGUCACUUUUGCAACAAUUCUGCCAUAAGAGAUUGGCAUCCUUUCUAUACCAUCCAUACUUUUGGGUUUUUAUAGAACAAGUGAGAAAUAUCUGUGGUAACGGAACAUAUUAACCGACUACUAUCUGAACUCCUUGUGUAAAUUUCAUUCAAUAGCGUGACGAGUGUUAGCGGUAUGUCUAAAUUUGUAUGGGAUUUUGAACAGCGCGCCAAGCGGGACGUUUUGGAAACUCAAAAUUCCAUACAAAAUGACACUUAACGCAAACGCGUACAUCACGUUACGCUAUGAAAUUUACACUAGGGAUACCGAAUUUGAUGGUUUUUCUAAGCAAAAUGAUUGUCGUUUUGCCAAUAAAUAAAUUGCUUAGUUUCUGUGUAGCGUAGUUACUAGUAGUUAUGGUGUAAGAUUUUGUUAUUUAUUGUUCUAUGUCGAAAUAAGACUUGGAUUGUUAUAUAAAUUGUGAUUUAUUA